GCACGCAUGUUUAUCCAGUAAGAGUCAUGCACGCGCCCCCUGCCUGUGGAAGGUGAGCGAGCGCGAGUGUCUAGAGGAGAGGACACGAGAACGCGACUGCCCGGAUCGAUCGGAUUAAACUCGAAUUGAGUGAAAUUAACACAAAGGAGAGAAGCAGAGUCAGCGAGGACGGGACGCUGAGACGCCGACUUCAUCGGCACUAUUUGAAUUUCGACAGUUAUUCGCGUAUUUAAACGGAUUUUCUGGAUAUACGAAGAGGAGUUAAUUGGCGAAAACCCUAAACUGACCCGCGUUGAGUUGGGUCCUGUAACCUGACUUCGCCUGACGCUGCGUUCUCUGAGAGAAUUAAGGAAAUAUGGAGUGACAUGUUGCAGAUUAGUUAGCGGAUUAGCGGAUUUGAGGACAUCCACCUCUGUGUGAGCACACAUUCCCUGUCCUGCUUCUGAAGCUUGGCUGCACAGCAGGAGCACUGCAGCCAUGGCUGACCCAGGCAUGAUGAGCCUCUUCGGAGAUGAUGGGAAUCUGUUCUCUGAUGAGUUGGAGGGCCUAGGGGACUGUGGCUACCCUCAAGGUCAGACAAAUCCUAUGAGUCAACAGAUGCCCCAUGAGCACCAAGGCUAUGGGCAGCUUCCUCCUUCUCUUCACCUCUCCUCACCUGCAGUCCCUGGACAGGCUAAGCUUGGCCACCAUUUUGACCCCUUUAAUCAGUACGAGCAACCCAAGAUGCAUCCAAUGGACCAGCAAGGGGGUCGGAUGAUGGGGAAUGGACCAGUGAAUGGCAUGUCCUCCCCACAUUCCCGAUAUCAUGGUGCUCAGGCAGGUGCUGGAGGUGCUGCAGGGCAUCAUGUUUACCCAGGUGCGCAAGGAGAUGGACGGAGCCAAUCUUUCCCAGACAGCGGAAAUACAUGGGGUGCUCAACCAAUGCAGGUGCCUGAACAAACUAGACCCCCCUUUCAGCAGCAACCCCCUCAAGCCUCGUCUCAUCAGCAUGGCCCUGCUGGACCACAAGGACAUGCCCACCAAAUGGGCCCUUUUAUUGGCCGUGGUGACUAUGCCAUACAGGGCCACAACCAGACCCAAACACCUCCCAGAAUGAAUCACUUUCCACAAGGCCUCCCUCAGGAAGCCAAUCAUUUUUUGGGUCACGUGGGUAUGACUCAGAAUCCUGGCAUGUCGGGACCCCCCAUACGUCACCUAGCACAACCUUCUCAGCAGCAUCAGCAGCCCAAUCAGCAGUUUCUCCACAGGCCUGGCCAGGGUCCGGUUCAUCCAGAUUCUGUUGCGAGCCACAACCCCCAGUUCCCACAAAGCCCUUCACGACAGCAACAGCAGCAGCAGCAAGUGAUGGGUGGAAGACCCCACCAAAACAUGGGAUUUAACAUGCACAACCAGCAAGUUCCUUCCAACACCGUAAACAGCUCAGGGCAGUACCCUCCCUAUUCUUCAUAUGGCAACCUUAAUCAGGGAUUAGCCAACACAUCAGGGAUGAGUCCCAACUUGAGCCUUACCACCAGCAGUAACAGCAACCCUAAUGCUCCUGUGACCCAGGUGCAGCGCUACCCUGCUCCGGCAGGGCCUCAGCGCUACCCUACACCUGGGGGUCAACAGGGACCAUUGCACCAGCAGCCCAUUCAUGUGAACCAAAUCAAUACCCAGCCUAUGCAUCCAGCUCAGAACCAGGCUACAGCCCAGCCGAAGCUGCAGCAACAUCUACCACCUCCACCUCAGGGAUCAUACUCCUCCCCUCCUUCCAUGUCGCCCAUGAGGAAUUUAGCCACCCCUGCAGGCACUCCACCUCCCCAGCAGGUACGCCCUCCCAGUGCAGGUUUGGCUACCGAUGUGGGUGGUUACCCCGGAGUACCACAUCAGUCUCAAGGCCCAAUGGCUCAUGCCCAGAGGGGAGCUGGCCCAAUGAACGCAGCACAGCCACUUCCCCACCAGCAGCUGCCAUCACAUUCUACACACCCUCAUCCUCCAACAACCCAGAUGUACGCUGCUUUGUCACCCAAUCACAGAGCUACAGCUGCACAAGGAAGAUCUUCAACAACACCGGGUGGAAACCACACAGAACCACCAGGCCCACAGGACCAGAGGCUACAUGCCCAACAAGCACAGUGCCAGCAGCUGCAAAAGCCCCCAUUGCCUUUCCAGCAGCAACAGCUGCAGCAGGUGCACACCCCUCCUUCAAUUCCUCCAUCACAGACACACCUGGCUGCACACCACCAGAGCUCCCCUCCGUCUCAGCAGGCGUGGGCACCUACUCACCAAUCACCUCCACCCAUGCAGAAAGUGCCUCACAUGCUGCAUUCUCCACCAGACCCUUCCCUGGAGAUUAUAACAUCUAGUAAGACACCUGCCAUGGGCCCAAACCUCCAACCAGCCAACUGUGACCUACAGCAGAAGGAGAGCGAGCUCAAGCCAAAAAAGAAGAAAAAGAAGAAAGCCAAGGUGAGUGAAGGCCAGGAGUGUAAUAACAUUAGCAGUGAGGCUGGAGGAGAGGUGACUGCUCUGAUGAAUGAGGGAGACUCCCUUAUCACUCCUGUGGAGAAGCCAGCUGAGAAAAAGAGUAAAAAGAAACCAAAGGAGAAGGAGCCCAAGGAACCGAAAGAGCCCAAGACUCCCAAAACUCCGAAGACUCCCAAGACACCCAAAGAACCCAAGGAACCUAAGGAGAAAAAAGUGAAGACUGCCACGCCGAAGCCUAAGAGCUCCAAAAAGCCCAGUGCUAAAAAGUCUGACUCUGAGUCCGGUAACAGCACCAAGAAAGAGGCAAAGCGUAAGAGAGAGCCCUCAGUCACCUCUGAUGUGGAGAAAACACCACCACAGUCACCAGAGGAGGAAGAUGAUGAUGGUGUUCAGAAGAGACGAUCUAGUCGGCAGGUGAAGAGGAAGCGAUAUACUGAAGAUCUUGAAUUUAGAAUUUCAGAUGACGACGAUGGAGAUGAUUCUGCAGGACCAAAGUCUCCAACUACAUCUGAGCAGCAGGAGUUGCCGGAUGCGGAAGGUCCUGUGGUGGAGAAGAUCAUGGGGAUGCGAAUGGGAAAGAAAGAGUUGGCGUCUGGUGAAGAGAUAGAAGUCGAAGAGUUUUACGUCAAAUUCAAGGGCUUCUCUUACUUGCAUUGUCGCUGGGCAGACAUUGAAGAGCUGGAGAAGGAUAAGAGAAUCCAGCAGAAGAUCAAGAGGUUCAGGGCUAAACAGGCCCUUAGUACCUUCGUAACUGAGAUGGAUGAUGAGCCCUUCAACCCAGAUUAUGUGGAGGUGGACAGGGUUCUGGAUGUGUCUGAAAGCACAGAUGAAAAUGGAGAGCUUGUGACUUUGUACCUGGUAAAGUGGUGCUCCUUGCCUUAUGAGGACAGCACGUGGGAGUUAAAAGCUGACAUAGACCAAGUGAAGAUUGAGGAGUUUGAGAGAGUGAUGGCGCGUGAGCCGCAGCUGAAGCGCGUGGAGCGACCUCCCACCAGCGACUGGCAGAAAUCCGAGAGUUCCAGAGAAUAUAAAAACGCCAAUGCGCUCAGGGAAUACCAGCUGGAGGGAGUCAACUGGCUGCUCUUCAACUGGUACAACACACGAAACUGCAUUUUAGCUGAUGAAAUGGGACUUGGUAAAACAAUCCAAUCCAUCACAUUCCUCUAUGAGAUAUACCUGAAGGGAAUCCACGGUCCUUUUCUUGUGAUUGCUCCUCUUUCCACUAUUCCCAACUGGGAGAGGGAGUUCAGGACAUGGACGGAGCUAAACGUAGUGGUCUAUCAUGGUAGCCAGGCCAGCCGAAAGACCAUUCAGGCCUACGAGAUGUACUACAGGGACACACAGGGACGUAUAAUAAAGGGAGCCUACAAAUUCCAUGCCGUCAUCACCACAUUUGAGAUGAUCCUGACAGACUGCCCUGAGCUACGAAAUGUGCCAUGGCGCUGCGUGAUUAUUGAUGAGGCUCAUAGGCUCAAGAAUAGGAACUGCAAGCUGCUUGAGGGCUUAAAGAUGAUGGACAUGGAACACAAAGUCCUGCUGACAGGGACUCCACUGCAAAACACAGUGGAGGAGCUUUUCAGUCUUCUCAAUUUCCUGGAGCCAGAUAGGUUUCCUUCGGAGUCCACCUUCAUGCAGGAGUUUGGAGAUCUUAAGACAGAAGAGCAGGUGCAAAAGCUGCAAGGAAUUUUGAAGCCUAUGAUGCUACGCCGACUGAAGGAGGAUGUAGAGAAAAAUCUUGCACCAAAAGAGGAAACUAUCAUUGAAGUGGAGCUAACCAAUGUGCAGAAGAAAUACUACCGUGCCAUCUUGGAGAAGAACUUUGCCUUUCUGUCCAAGAGUGGAGCAGGCGGAGGCAGCGGAGGUGGAGGAGGAUCCAAUGUUCCCAACCUGCUGAACACCAUGAUGGAGCUGAGAAAGUGCUGCAAUCACCCCUACCUCAUCAAUGGAGCUGAAGAGAAGAUAAUGGAGGAGUUCAGGGAGACUCAUCCUUUAGACCAACCAGAGUUUCACCUCCAGGCCAUGAUCCAGGCUGCAGGAAAACUGGUGCUGAUCGACAAGCUGCUCCCCAAACUGAAGGCUGGGGGUCACCGUGUGCUCAUCUUUUCCCAGAUGGUGCGCUGUCUGGACAUCCUGGAGGACUACCUCAUCCAGAGACGGUAUCCAUAUGAGCGUAUAGAUGGCAGAGUUCGAGGGAAUCUCCGCCAGGCAGCUAUUGACCGCUUCUCUCGACCAGACUCUGACCGCUUUGUAUUCCUGCUGUGCACAAGGGCUGGUGGCUUGGGUAUUAACCUAACUGCAGCUGAUACAUGUAUUAUAUUUGAUUCUGACUGGAACCCUCAAAAUGACCUGCAGGCACAAGCUCGAUGCCACAGGAUAGGACAGAGCAAGUCUGUGAAGAUUUACCGCCUGAUCACCAGAAACUCCUACGAAAGAGAGAUGUUUGACAAGGCCAGCUUGAAGUUAGGACUGGACAAGGCUGUGCUUCAGUCCAUGAGCGGCAGGGAGAAUGCUGCCAAUGGGGUUCAGCAGCUCUCUAAAAAGGAGAUUGAGGAUCUCCUGCGUAAAGGAGCAUAUGGAGCUCUAAUGGAAGAGGAGGAUGAGGGAUCCAAGUUCUGUGAAGAAGACAUUGAUCAGAUUUUGCAGAGACGUACACAGACCAUUACAAUUGAAUCAGAAGGCAAAGGCUCAACAUUUGCUAAGGCAAGUUUUGUGUCCGCUGGGAACAGAACCGACAUUUCUCUGGAGGACCCAGAUUUCUGGCAGAAAUGGGCAAAAAAAGCAGAGCUGGACCUGGAUGCGAUCAAUGGCAGGAAUAAUCUGGUGAUUGACACUCCUCGGGUCCGGAAGCAAACUCGUCACUACAGUUCCAUGAAAGAGGAUGACUUGAUGGAGUAUUCAGAGCUUGAGAGUGACUCUGAGGAUAAACCUAUUCAGAAACCAAGGAGGCCUCAGGACCGAACCCAGGGGUACCCCCGCAGUGAGUGCUUCAGAGUGGAAAAAAACCUGCUGGUAUAUGGCUGGGGCCGCUGGGGUGACAUCCUCUCCCAUGGACGCUUUAAGCGCCCGCUGAGGGAGCGAGACGUAGAGACCAUCUGCCGUGCACUUCUGGCCUACUGCCUGCUCCACUACCGUGGAGACGAAAACAUCAAGGGCUUCAUUUGGGACCUCAUAACCCCUACUGAGGAUGGCCAGAGCCGCACACUGACCAACCAUUCUGGAUUGUCUGCUCCUGUUCCCCGGGGCCGUAAAGGGAAGAAGGGGAAGUUGCCGGUUGCUCAGACACGCAUGCCACAGGCAGACUGGCUUGCUGACUGUAAUCCUGACUUACUCCUUCAGGAGGACAGUUACAAGAGACACCUGAAACACCACUGCAACAAAGUGCUGCUGCGGGUCCGCAUGCUCUACUAUCUGCGACAAGAAGUCAUCGGAGACCAGGCAGACAGAAUCCUGGAGGGAACCGAUUCAAGUGAGUUGGAUAUCUGGAUCCCACAACCCUUCCAUGCUGACGUUCCCACUGAUUGGUGGGACCUUGACGCAGACAAGUCCCUCCUUAUCGGCGUCUUCAAGCAUGGCUACGAGAAGUAUAACUCUAUGCGUGCUGACCCCACCCUGUGUUUCCUGGAGAGGGUGGGCAUGCCUGAUGCCAAGGCCAUCGCUGCUGAGCAGAGGGGAGCGGACAUGAUGGCAGAUGGUGUCGAGGGAGAGGAAGAAGACCCAGAGUACAAACCACUUCGAAUGUCUUUUAAAGACGAUCUAGAUGAUUUUACAAACUCUCCUUUAGAUGAUAAUAAUGACGGGAUGGAUGGCGAGACGGGAGAAGCACCUAAGCUUGGUGAGAACGGGAAGCCAGGCAAUCUGUACUGGCCACCAGCCUCUGCUCUGACCGCUCGAUUGCGCCGCCUCAUCACAGCCUAUCAGCGCACUCACAAACGUGAGCAACUAAGACAGGAAGCCAUGGCUAAACCUGAUCGGCGCCGGCGCCGCCCGCGUGAUGACAUCCUUGCUAUGGUAACAGAAGGAGGAGCUUAUGUCCCUGAUGGAGCAGUGGCAUUCAUGGCUGAUGGAGGGGCCUUCAUGGCUAAGGGAUCACCUUUCAUUCCAGACAGCGCCGCCCUGCUGGCUGAUAGUGCAGCUUAUUUCAAAGAGCGACGACAGAGAUGGACAAGGCGUGAAGAGGCCGAUUUCUACCGUGUGGUAUCCACAUUCGGUGUAGUUUAUGAUGUGCACAGACAGUGCUUUGACUGGUCCCAGUUCCGUGCCUUUGCCCGUCUAGACAAGAAGACUGACGAGAGCUUGGAAAAAUAUUACUGUUCAUUUGUGGCCAUGUGCAAGCGGGUGUGCCGGAUGCCACUUAAAUCAGAGACGGAACUGCCGGACCCGACCAUCAUCAUUGACCCUAUUACGGAGGAGCGGGCUUCACGGACACUCUAUCGUAUUGAGCUGCUGCGGCGGAUCAGGGAGCAGGUGUUGCCGCACCCUCUUCUGGAGGAGAGGUUAAGCCUGUGCCAGCCCAGCCCUGACCUCCCGGCCUGGUGGGAGCCUGGACGUCAUGACCGAGACCUCCUGCGUGGAGCCGCAAAGCAUGGUGUCAGCCGUACCGACUACCACAUCCUCAACGACCCAGAGCUGAGCUUCUUGGAGGCCUAUCGGAAGUUCACACAGGGCAAAGGUGUGGAACUGCCCGUCAUUGUGUCUGAUCCUCUCACUCCUCUGACCCUCCCCAAAGACGAAGAGGUGAAGGAAGAGCAGGGAGAUGUAACGCUACCCAAAGUGGAGAAUGGGAGCAUAGAAGAUGUUAAAGAAGAGAAAUCUGAAGCCUUGUCUCCUAAAAAGGAAGUGAAGAAUGAAGAGGACGAAAAUGGUUUGGGUCCUAAGCAAGAACCCAAAGAGGAAAAGAUGGAAGUGGAGGAGAAGGAUGUGACUGAGUUUAAGACCGAUGUGGAGCAGGUUUGUCCUGUGGAUGGUAUGGUUGAGAAGAAGCCAAUGGAUCAGGAGCCCACAGACACUCUCCCUUCCUCUGAGGACAAGAAUGCUCAGGAUGAGAAAGAGCUACCCACUGGGAAUAAACUGUCUACCGAGAAAGCCUCAGAAGAUGAGGAAGAGAAAAUGGAUGAGGAUGACAAAUCAGAAAAAUCUUCACAAGCUGAAGUCGGAGCUUUAUCUGAAAGGAAGAACUUUGAUGAGGAGAGCAAUGCCUCCUUGAGCACAGCCCGUGAUGAGACCAAUGAGACUAGAGACUGCUUUAGUGUUGAUGAUGUGGAGCCAUCGGCCUCUCAGAUGUUCAGUGAACGCUCACUCUUCUCUUUCUGGCCAAAGGACAGGGUAAUGAUCAAUCGAAUGGACAACAUCUGUGAAGCGGUCAUGAAGGGCAAGUGGCCUUCCAACAGGAGGCAGUUCUUUGACUUCCCAGGCCUGUUGCCUGGCUACAGCUCCAUGGCGACAGAAAGCCCCCUACAGAGGCGGAGUUUGGGUGAUCUCUCACUGGUGGGUCAGACCAGCUACAGUGGAAGUGAAGACCUCACCAUGUCACCACAGGUCAACAAGGAUGAUGCUUUGAGUCUGUCAGUUCCCCGACAGCGCAGACGCAGGAGAAGGAAAAUAGAGAUUGAGGCUGAGCGUGCUGCCAAGCGCAGGAACCUGAUGGAAAUGGUUGCUCAGCUGCGAGAAUCUCAUGCAGAAGGCCAGGCUCAGGCCAUAGAUCUGACCAAGGCUCUGCACAGCGUGUCCUCCUCGUCAUCCGCCUCGGCCUUCCCUGGAGCCAUGGCCUCCUCCGCAACCCUGAAAGCACAGAUGGAGCUGCUACAACCGGGUGCUUCCUCCAGACCCAGGGCCAACGGCUCACUACUUGACACUGAACUCCCCAACCGGAGAAAGAGAGGUCGCAGGAAAAAUGUGGAGGGGUUGGAACUGCUCUUUAUGGGGAACAAGAGAGGACAGCUCAGUGCGGAGCUUUCUGACGGGACCAAAGCUUUUGUGGAUGGACGGACACAUUUAGCGAUGCCGUCUCCUGCACAGAAGGCCUCUGGUGAAGGUCUAGAUGAGGGAAGUCUUCAAGGAGAAGAUGGAUCCAGCACUAAGGACCUGCGGGAAUGGCUUAGACAACACCCCACAUACACCAUGGAUAUGCCUGGAUACGUACCAAAGAAUGAGGACCUCCUCCUCUCGCAGUUUGCCAAGCCUAAACAAAAGAGGCACAGAUGCCGCAAUCCCAACAAGAUCGACAUUAACACGCUGACCGGGGAGGAGAGGGUCCCUGUUGUUAACAUAAGGAAUGGAAGAAAGAUGGGUGGAGCCAUGGCCCCUCCAAUGAAGGAUUUACCACGCUGGCUAGUUGAAAAUCCAGAGUAUGCCAUAGCCCCAGACUGGACAGAUAUUGUGAAGCAGUCGGGUUUUCUGCCAGAGUCUAUGUUUGACCGUCUUCUGACGGGGCCAGUGGUCAGAGAGGAGGGUGUCCGCCGCAGGGGCAGGAGACCCAAAGCAGAGAUCGCCAAGGCCACAGCAGCAGCGCAGGCAGCAGCAGCAGCAGCGGCAGCAGCCACCACGUCCGGUGUUAAUCCUCUGCUGAUGAACGGGCUGUUUGGAAGUAUGGACCUGACCAGUUUGCAGGGUCUGCAGAACCUCCAGAGCCUCCAGCUGGCAGCUGGCCUUAUGGGCUUUCCUACUGCUCUUGGUGGUGGCGCAGACGCCAAACAUGCAGCGGCCAUGCUUCCCCUCAUGCUUCCUGGAAUGGGUGGCCUCCCUAACAUGUUCAGUCUGGGUAGUCUCUUUGGAGGAAACCUGGCUGCAGCGGCGACAGCCACCAAUGGUGCUUCCAGCACAGAACAGGCUGAAUCUGAGGAGAAUUCCAAGCCGAAGACAGACGAGGAGACCAAGGGAGAAGGAGAUGAGAAGGAAGAAAAGCAAGCCGAGAAAUCGUCUGAAACUGUAGAGUCUGCAGAUGCUACUGGUGAUGCUGCAGCGCUCAAUGCAGCCGCCGCCGCUGCUGCUGCUGGUAUGUCUACAGGGACGCUGGCCUUCAACCCUUUCCUGCUGUCCACUAUGGCGCCAGGUCUCUUCUACCCAUCCAUGUUUUUACCUCCCAGCCUCGGUGGCCUGGCCAUCCCAGGCUUCCCUCAAGCUUCUCUCGCUGACCUCCAGAGCGCUGUGUCCGGGGCCUUAGGAGCCACUGGCGAGGACAAGGAGUCCGACAAAGGGCCCCGCACAAAUCAGGACCCAAAUGCCUCAGUGGCUGAUGUGGAAACUGCUGACAACACACUUGAAGACAGUGACUCAGAGGAGAGCCAGAACAAGACUGCUGAUUCAUCAGUACUGGAUGAUGACCUGGCAGGCCCAGCAGAGGAAAUGGACUCCAUGGAGGGUGGAAUGGAUGAUGAGGACGACGACGACGACGAUGAUGAUGAUGACCCUGCUGAUGAGGAUGACAAAAGUGACUGAAUAAAAAAAAAAACUGAAUCAGGCCUUCUAACAUUUCCCCAGGGCUGAGGAGACGCUGACUGAACUCUGACAGGAUGUUAGUCCAGUUGUUUACAUGCCAACACUAUCCAAAACACUUUGGUUUUUGUUGACAGGUAACGUUAAGAGGGAAGCAAAUACGCUGUCUCUGUAACCAUUAGCAUAGCCAGGGAUGAUGCAAACCGACGUAGAGUUGUGCGGCUGUCAAAAGGGUGUUUUUUGUUUUAUUUUAUAUUUUCCAUGUUUCUUUUGUUGUUGUUUUUCUUGAAGUCUUCGGCACUGUGUGGGUGCCUUCUAGAUGAGAUGGAAAUUUCCUGAAUAUUAUAGGAAUUAAUCGUUCCGAUAGUGCUAUGCUGCUCUCUUUAUUUUAUUUUUUGUCCUCUCUCUCUCCCUCUCUCUCUCUUGUUGAUAUUGUAACAAUGAGUAGCAUCUCGUAAUAUUCAGUGGUGUACAAUUUAACGGCAUUAAGACUCUCCGCUGCUGAGGAAGAAUCGUGGUUUUCGUUGUACUGUUCUGCUGAGAGGAGCGAGCAAAGUUCUCACAUAUCAUAGUCUACACUCGUACUGUUCCCAGUCUCUCACACUGACAAUCCAAACGGGUGAGGAGACCUCUCAACCUGUGGAGACAGCAAUAACGAAGGCAGCUUUUGAAUGUUCAAUUUUACUCUUCUGGACUUAACACCGGAAAGUGUGAAAAAGCGAUAUGAAAUAAAUUACUGCAGUCAAAUUGUCUCAUUGUAUCCAUGUUAAUGCACUGGUGUAAGAAUAAAAUCAGGUACCUUUAUCUAUUUGAAUGGACUUUUGUUACUUUAGCCACAAAGCUGAACAGCAUUACCUCAAUUCUAACUAGCCUUGAAGUUUACAAACAUAAAUGUUGUAAAUUGUUUUGUUUUUUUCUUUUGUGAGUGUCUUUUUUUUUUUUCUUCUUUUUGGUUUUUAUUUUGAAACCAUCAUGUAUGAUGAACUGUAUAAAUUGCUGCCAACUGUAGUAAUGAUGCUUUUAAUAAAAGUGACUCACAAUAUUCGCCUAGGAAACCAAAA